GGCUCGGUGGCGGCGACUCGGCUCGGGGCUCUUCCCCGGACGCAGGGCCGGGCGCGCGGGAAGCGGCCCCGCGGCCCCCACGGCCUCUGCUCCGUCACUUCCUGCCGGCGCGGCGGCUUCCGGAUGGAACCAGGCGCCAGUGGAAUCCGGACCGUCCUUCCAACUUGUUUUGAGCGAUAGAAAGGCUUCUUCAAUGCAAGUAAUCCUUCUUUGGUGGACAGAAAAAUGUAAAAUGGUUCCUUUGAUUUGUUGGCAUACAUGGACUGAUGAACUCUCCUUGAAGCUGUGUGGAAUUAGAUGAGGGCCUACAAACUCCAGCAAACUGAAGAAAAACAAAAGGCCCAGUUAGCUGACAGUAUUAUUUGGGGGGCCUUGGGCAACCACAGAAUUACUGAAUCAGAGUAACUUCGCAGAUAGGGGAAUACAUACAUCACCACUCCACUGUCCGGGAAUCCUGUCUGACGUUUGGCACAAACCUGGUUAGCAGCGGGGAGGACACACCCUCAGCAGGGGAUCUUAUCUUGGAAACAGCACACUCCGACUUCUAGGCUAUCUUUGAGUCUGAGAGCAAAUCCUCCUUUCUUUGUGUGCUCAGAAGAGACCAAAUAACCAGGAGAAGAUAUCACAGCUUUCCCAGAGUGGGAGGAAAAAUAUGGAAUGUCUUUCACCGCUGACUGAACAUAACCAAAUGAACUGUACUGACAGUAGUUUGAAAACCAGCAGUUAGCAGUUUGUUCAGGCUCUAACAUUGUCCAGCACUUCCCAGAGCAAACUCACUGUUUACAAGAACUCUCGGCCUUACGACGCUUAGAACCUCAAGCUUUGUUUAUUUAAAAUAUUUCUGCAAACGACAAGUACCUGGAGCCCACUUUCCAAAAUGGCCAUGGAUGAGUAUUUGUGGAUGGUCAUUUUGGGUUUUAUCAUAGCUUUUAUCUUGGCGUUUUCUGUGGGUGCAAAUGAUGUUGCCAAUUCAUUCGGGACUGCUGUGGGCUCUGGUGUGGUGACUUUGAGGCAGGCAUGCAUUUUGGCUUCAAUAUUUGAAACCACUGGCUCUGUAUUAUUGGGAGCCAAAGUAGGAGAGACCAUUCGAAAAGGUAUCAUUGAUGUGAACCUAUACAACAACACUGUAGAAACACUAAUGGCUGGGGAAGUUAGUGCAAUGGUUGGUUCAGCUGUUUGGCAGCUGAUUGCAUCCUUCCUGAGACUUCCCAUCUCAGGUACUCACUGCAUCGUCGGUUCCACCAUUGGAUUCUCACUUGUUGCCAUUGGUACCAAAGGUGUGCAGUGGAUGGAACUUGUCAAGAUUGUUGCCUCUUGGUUUAUAUCUCCACUGUUGUCUGGUUUCAUGUCUGGCGUGCUAUUUGUACUGAUCAGAAUUUUCAUCUUAAAAAAGGAGGACCCUGUUCCCAAUGGCCUCCGGGCACUUCCAGUGUUCUAUGCUGCUACAAUAGCCAUAAAUGUCUUUUCCAUCAUGUACACAGGAGCACCAGUGCUGGGCCUGGUGCUUCCCGUGUGGGCUAUAGCUCUCAUCUCCUUUGGAGUGGCACUACUGUUUGCCAUUUUUGUGUGGCUCUUUGUAUGUCCAUGGAUGCGAAGGAAAAUAACAGGUAAAUUGCAAAAAGAAGGUGCAUUAUCAAGAGCCUCUGAUGAAAGCCUCAAUAAAGUUCAGGAAGUUGAGUCCCCAGUGUUUAAGGAACUACCCGGUGCCAAGGGGAGCGAUGACAGCUCCGUCCCUCUAACGGGGGCAGCCGGGGAGGCCUUGGGGCCCGCAGAAGGCACCUCAGGAAACCACCCUCGGGCCUCCUACGGAAGGGCGCUUUCCAUGACCCAUGGCUCCGUCAAGUCACCCAUCUCCAAUGGCACAUUCGGCUUCGACAGCCACACUCGGAGUGACGGGCAUGUGUACCACACCGUGCACAAAGACUCGGGGCUCUACAAAGACCUGCUGCACAGGAUCCACACCGACCGGGGCCCCGAGCCCAUGCCCGAGAGCAGUGCCCGGCUGCUGCGGCGCAACAACAGCUACACCUGCUACACCGCUGCCAUCUGCGGGCUCCCGGUGCAUGGCGCCUGCCGGACCCCCGAUGCGGCUGCCGAGGACAGCGAGAAGCUGGUGGCCGACACCGUCUCCUACUCCAAGAAGAGACUCCGCUAUGACAGCUACUCCAGCUACUGCAACGCCGUGGCCGAGGCCGAGAUCGAGGCCGAAGAGGGGGGCGUGGAGAUGAAGCUGGCCUCUGAGCCCUCAGACCCCGAGCGGCCGCGCGAGGACCCCACGGAGGAGGAGAAGGAGGAGAAAGACACUGCCGAGGUCCACCUCCUGUUCCAUUUCCUGCAAGUCCUGACAGCCUGCUUCGGAUCCUUCGCUCAUGGAGGCAAUGAUGUGAGCAAUGCCAUCGGUCCCCUGGUAGCUCUGUGGCUGAUCUAUGAGCAUGGUGCUGUGCUGCAGGAGGCCGUCACUCCCGUCUGGCUGCUCUUCUAUGGAGGAGUUGGGAUCUGUACAGGUCUCUGGGUCUGGGGCAGAAGAGUCAUCCAGACCAUGGGGAAAGACCUCACUCCCAUCACUCCAUCAAGCGGCUUCACCAUUGAACUGGCUUCAGCUUUCACUGUGGUGAUGGCCUCCAACAUCGGACUUCCCGUCAGCACCACCCACUGCAAGGUGGGCUCAGUGGUGGCUGUGGGCUGGAUCCGCUCCCGGAAGGCCGUGGACUGGCGCCUCUUUCGGAACAUCUUUGUGGCCUGGUUUGUGACUGUCCCCGUGGCUGGGGUAUUCAGUGCUGCCAUCAUGGCGCUUCUCAUGUACGGGAUCCUUCCCUAUGUGUGAGUUGGCUUCUCCCAAGUAUGAAGAAGAGGUUGUUUGAGGUGGUUUGCUGGGAGGUGCCUCCUGCAUGCAUGGGCUGUCUCCCACCACCUCCACGUCCCUUCCAGAUGGUUCCAUACCACACUGCUCACCUAGACUGCAAAGUCAUCCUUUAGAGCUAACUUAAAUUCUGUAUAUAAUCUUGUGCAUUUAACUGAUGUCGUGGUGAUAUAAUGUGGUGCAGUUACAUAUAAACUAAAUAUAUACUGUAUACAUAGAGUAGGUAGCUUUAUUUCAUAUUCAGAAUGGGAGUGGAGAUAACUGCCUAGAAUAGUCAUCAAAUCUUUGUACAUAGUGAAUUUAGUGGAAAUUUUUAAGAACCUUUUAAAAGGAAAUUGCAGAUUGGAAAAUGCUAUUUUUCCCAUUUAAAACACUAAGAGAGAGGAUGGGUGAUACAGACUUUAAAAGGUGUAUGAACAUGAGUGUGCUAUUGAAUAAUACUGGAACAGGAGUUCACAAGUGCUUUCACCAAGGAAUGUGUUCAUAUACUGUGUAUUGAUUAUUAUGUAAUAUAUCAUAAUUACUUCUGUAAAUAUUUAAAACUGUAAUUUUUUUAAUGCUGUGCUUCCCUUAUACUUUCUUGAUUAGAGAAAUUUGGAAAGUACCAAAGAAGCAGGGGGGUAGUCCGCCAGUAUUAUAUUUACAUUUGUAUGUCUCCCCUACUCAUCACUCUCACACCCUCACCCUGGAUGGGCAAGCCCUCCACGCUCCAUCUGCAGGAUCGGUGAGCGUGUGCACGUCCUGCUCGGGGCCACCACGGCUGCCACCUGUCAGGUACUGCCCACCCCACAGGGCCCGUCAGUGUGUAAACAACAGGAUCAAGCACCAAGUCUCCAGCCCAGUUUAAACUUCUACCCCUCAGGUUCCCCUGCAGCCUGAAGAAUGGAAUCCUUGACAAAGCAAGUGCUUUGACAUUUUGGGAAAUUGGGGUGGGGUCUGAAAUCUUAGGCUACACACUGGAUUUGAGCUCCUUAGAGGCCUUCACUGAGCUGAUAGCCUGCUGCAGCCCCACUAGGGAGAGCAAGGGAGGAAGUCUGACUAAUGGUAGAGUCUGAAACUAUGGAAAUGCUGCUAAAAUUUUUAUAUUGACAAACAUUUUCUUGGUACUGCAUUGUGAUUUUUUCAUUAAUCAAUCAUAUUAAAUUUAUAAUAAAAAUGCCCCUCAAAAGUCUGCCUCAGAUGUCUUUUUCUAAAUAUCUUAUAUUUUUCUUUUGGAGUUUCCAUAAAAAUAAAGUCCAUAUCACUUGG